AUGACCGGCGCAAACGGAGCCUGGCAGCCCAGCCACGGCGUGCCUAUGCCUAUGCGGCCCCGGCUACCCACCGUCGACGAGGCUUUACAGUACUCCCCGUUGAGCUCCAUCAUACCUUUCGAACCUAACAUCAUUCCCUUCCCUUCGACGCUGCCCCAGACACCUUCGACAAUAUUUAGCAAUCAAGAGGAACGUCUCCAGACACGACGAGGAUUAGAUGCUCUCAAUGCCGAAGCCUCGAAUUCGCAGAGUACCUCUAUCCGCAUCCAGCAAACACUACAACACCUGCAACAUCUGCUCAAGGCCGACGAUUUGACGCAAUACAAGUUCAAGCGAGCCGCUCAACCGCCCUCAUUUAACCCCCAGGACCAUACUACUCACGAUACUCCGCGUCGUGCCGCUACGCCGCGUCUGGGCGCCUUCAGCAAUAUGGUUCUCAAUAACACGGACGUGUCGUUUCGCUAUCCUACUCCACCCUCACCUUCGCCAAAAAAUAUCAAAGAGCCUCACAAACGUUUGAAUGGGUCAGGUCAGCAACAACAAGCGCCAAUGGGUCCGCAGGCAACGCCCCGCAUGCAGCCCACCCAGUCAACAAAGAGCGUUCCGUCUAACACUCAACACACUCCAUCGAAGCAACAACAUAUACCUCAGAAUUUCCAACAGAAACCCGGCCCAGCACAGCCCAAGACGAGGGUAGCUGUUGUGAUACCUCCGCCGAGCACCAGCCAUCAAGAAGAUGUGCGCCUGCAGCCGGCAGUGAGCUCCGCUAAUGUCUUACAGUCCCCGGUGGGUCCCCUCGCCACCCAACAACAUACUCAACCUGCACCGGCCACUACCGCAUCGAACCAGUCUGAAGAUCAAGCACGACUAGUCUCUGCUACUGUAACCCCUCAAACGGGGUUCUCUGUAGUCAUUCCAAGUCUCCCUCCAUCGUCACAACGAGAGGAGUACCAAUCAUUUCCUGAAGUUGAUGCCAAAGUAUUGGCUAGAGAAGGCCUUUCGAAGAAGCGGAAGCGAGAGAGUGCUGAUGACAAUGCGGCACUUGCUCUCAGUUUUGACCAGCGUCAAAAGGCAGAGGCAGCAGCGCAAAACCUGCAAGCUUUGAUAGGCGAUGUCUUUGAAGCGGAAGACCAGCUACAACCAGAUACUUCUGGGGUCUUGCCUGCAGAGUCGGCAAGAUGUUUCGUUCCUGGUGGCCUUGGCGGUGGCGAGCUUCCGGUUCUUACAUCUCAUAUUCAGUCGCGUCUGGAUUCUGCAAUCCAUAAAGUCACAUCGACCAAAGCAUUUUCCAGUAUCCCUGCGGACAGCCUCAGCCGCCUACAAAAGCUUUGCGAAGGGGCUGUUGGCUCGGUCGGUAGCCAGUCUCUGAGUCUGGGAGAAGAUUGGACUGAAGGCGACAUUGAAGAAUGGGCUAGCCGCCUCGGAAGGGCAGAGCAUGGCCUCCAGGCUGCGAGAAUCAUGCUUCGUAUCAUGACUGCUGGCCGUGAGGAGAAGCAGUUGUACUCAGAAGACAUACUUUCGACGAUUCUCGAGGCACUGAAGCACGUCCUGGAUACCUGCAUCGUCCCGGUAAUUGAAGCUCGAAAUUCAGAAGCUAAUUGUCACGCUUUCAAGAUUCUGUCCGCUCAGAGAAAGCCACUUACUUCACUCCUUCAAAUGGCUGGGAAAGUGCUCAAGCUGCUCUCUGACAUGAUCACCAACGUUGAUGUAUCAGAGAGCGCGAUUACCUCUGUCGAGUUUGUAUCUACAACUCUCAUCUUCGUCGAGAAUGCUCAUACGGAAAAAGAGUCUGCACUUGGCAUUCAAAGAUGCGAAGGCAUACGCAGAAUUGCGAUGGAUGUCUUAGCCAAGAUAUUUGCUCGCUACCCAGAUCAGAGGACUUUCAUCUUCGACGAGAUCCUGACUUCUCUGGAGAAACUUCCUGUGACACGGCAAAGUGCAAGGCAGUUUAAGAUGGCUGAUGGCAAGCCCAUCCAACUUGUUUCCGCUUUAGUUAUGCGACUCAUUCAGACCAGCGCAACGCGUUCUCUCAAAGACAAGCUUAAGGGAGUAGAAAGGAUUCGUCUUGAAGAUGGGGUUGAUGAGGAAGAGGAUGAUGCAUCGCAAGAAGAUCAAGAGUCACCGACCAGGCAGACCCGGAUCAUUGGUAUGGACGUAGCCAUGCGCAUGCAUUAUGACGAUCUCAUCGAAGACUUAUCAAAUGUCUCUCGCCCUCUGUACGACGACGCACAGAGAAAUACCCAAUAUCUGGUGAAGUUCAUGGUUCAGCGAGCACUUUCUGCUACGAAAACUGGAGACCAGCCGUAUCGCAAUUUACUGGAUAUCUUCACAGAGGAUUUUCUUAGCGUUCUCGGAUCCGCCGACUGGCCAGCUGCUGAGUUGUUGCUAAGAGCGUUACUUUCAAACAUGAUCGGGCUCGUCGAAAACGACAAAAGCGCAGCACCUGCGAAAAACAUGGCUCUCGAUCUUAUGGGGACUAUGGGAUCCGGUAUUUCUGAUCUUCAGCUGUCCGUAAAGAACGCCAUCAAAAGCAUGGACACAUCCGAAUCAGAGCUGUCGAGCAAACUUGUCCAGACAGCUGAAGAGAUUAUGGAUGAUAGAUUUGAAGAUUCGGAGCUUCUAGCCUUUGAUGGAUCAUAUCGAGUCGUCCUAGAAUAUCUGAGUGCACGGGACCUGAAUGAUCCUCAAAUACAGAGCGCCAAGGGCUAUCAUUUGACGCAGUGGUCAAGAGAUGUGUGUGCUUUCUCUGAAGCCCAGGACACAGACGACGAAGACCAUUCCUUGCCCAAGUCUCUAGCGGCUCAGCUCAGAAACAUGGUCCUUGAUCCUAAAUGGCUUGAACAGGAGUAUGAUUUCGAGACAGUUAUGACAUCGCAAGGCAUCUUAGCCGCUGCUAUGACAUCUCUCCGCCUCCCUUUCUGCAAGGCUUUGAAAAGGAUCUUCAACAUCUUACUAAACGCGAUGACAAGUGACCAAGCAACAGUCAAGAGCAGGAGUCUGAAGAGCGUUGUUCAACUACUCGAGAAAGACCCCUCCAUCCUCAAGAACGGGAAUUACAUCAUCAACCACAUUCUGCGCUGCUGUGCAGACGCUUCUCCCCUUGUAAGGGACUCGGCUCUGGGGCUGCUUGGCAAAUGCCUUACAUUCAAGCCCUCGUUGGAGCAUGACGUAUGCGACAGAAUAAUUGCUCGGACGGCCGAUGCUGCUAUCGGCGUGCGUAAGCGUGCUAUGAAGCUACUAAAGGACGUCUACCUUCGAAACGAUUCAAAAGACAUCAAAACUGCCAUCGCAGACGCUCUGCUGCAGCGCAUACGUGAUCUCGACGAAAGUGUCUCGGAUCUCGCCCGUACAACCUUCGAAGAAAUUUGGAUUGCUCCCUUUUACGGCUCCUCUGACGAUGCCGCCCACAAGUUGCGGUUGCAGAACCAGGUUUCACUCAUCAUCAAAACUGUUCAGCGUGGAGAAAGCGUCUUAUCUGUGCUUGAUAUACUCCUCCAAAACGUCCUUUCCAGCGACUCGAAGAACAACGCGGCCAACUUUAAUGUCUGUAAAAAUAUGGUCGCGCUCAUGUUUGACGGUGUUGUCGACAGCAACGACCUUCCAGAAGCUCCGUCGCAGCAACACAUUCUGCAGACCCUCACUGUGUUUGCCAAGGCAAAUCCAAAGCUCUUCACCGGCGAUCAGUUGCAACUUUUGCAGCCUUACGUUCAGAACUUAUCCAACACUGACGACCUUUUGAUCUACCGCUCAGUAAUUGUUAUUUUCCGCUACGUGCUGCCUUCCCUUUCUUCACUACAGAACAAUUUCCUUAAAGCAGUUCAAGAUGCUUUGUUGAGCAGCGUGUCAAAGCUCGGGAAGAUGGAACUCAAUGAAGUUUCCCAGUGCCUGUGGAUCAUCGACGGAGUACUCAAGAAUACCGAGCGACUGGUCCGCUUAACGAUUUCUGUCAUCAACGGCAUUUAUGCAAGCAAGGAAACCAAUUUCAACGACAUAACUCCGCAAACCGAAGCAGCUUUAAAGAGGGUCAAACGAUAUAUGAUGAUUGCCGGAUAUUUUGGAAAAAGCUGCAACUUUGAUGCCCAUGCAUCAGCAUUCAAGGAGAAAUUUCCUUGGUGGAAGGGCAGCUCGGUCGCCGGCCUGAUCGUUGACGUGAUAUGCCCAUUCACACGUCAAAAGCAACCACAUGCGUUAAGGGAAAUGGCCUUCGAAAGUAUGGGUAUGAUUUGUCAAUCCUGGCCUAACCAGUUCCUACGAACCGACACUACGACUGCUUUCGAACUGGUCUUCCACAACCAAGACCCGAGGUUGGAGCAUAUUGUGCUCUCUACCUUCAAAGGCUUCUUUGCAAACGAAGAGAAACGAUCGGAGAGCGGUGCGGAGAUCAAAGUUGGCGAAGGCGUCUCUCGUGGGCAUGAGCGACUUGACGUGUCGCUCGUUGCCAGCGACAAUGAUGGUGCUUGCACUGUCAUCGCUCAGCGCUUUCUUCAACACAUAAUUCGUAUCGCCCUGCAACCUGGAGAAGAUCUCGCUCUGACAGCCGCGCAAGUUAUUGCUAGUAUCAACAGACAAGGCCUGGUACACCCCAAGGAAUGCGGCCCAGCGUUGAUUGCGCUUGAAACAUCACCAAACAAUACCAUCUCCAACAUUGCGUUCCAGGAGCACAGGACCCUACAUCACAAGCACGAGAGCAUGUUUGAAAAAGAAUACAUGAAGGCUGUCCAGCGGGCUUUUGAUUAUCAACGAGAGGUUUUCCAAGAUGUUCAUGGCGCCACUACUCAGCCAUUCGCGUCGAAACUUCGAGCAUUGUUUGAGGUGUUGAAGGGUGGCAAUGCUAAGAUUCGCAAGAAGUUUUUGCUGAACCUUUCUUCUAAAGUGGACUUUGACUUUGCGAAACUGGACUCAAAAGGAGAGCCACCAACACACAGUUUAUUCGCCCGAUUCUGCCUAGAAAACUUGGCAUUUUUCGAGUACGUCCGGGUGGAUGAGCUUCUUGCGUUAGUCUCACACAUGGAGAAGAUCGUCACGAACACGGGUACACCCGUUGCACAUGCUAUUGAGGUCGAGGUGCUGAAAGUUCGCUUGGAUGUGCUGCCAGUUAGCCAACUCGAUCCUGGUGUGGACCAACAGCAGCCAGCUUUUGCCCCUGAGGCUAAACCCGACCCUAUGGUUUUGGAGUCCUCCAAUUCUAUUGAUGUGGAGCCGACGAGACUCAAGCACUUGGCUACUGCGGCUGUGGUUAUGUCCAUGCUCUGGGAGACCCGUACACAUCUGCGUCGUCUUUGGGGCUUACAAAAGCAGAAUCAAUCGGGGAAUCCAAACAAAAUCUCUAGCAAAACUACCAUCAAGGAUCUCAAUAAAGCGCCGACGCGAAUUCCUUUCAUCACCCACGACAAAUAUUGGGACAAGAUGCAGAACCUUAUGGGGUCGAUCUCGGGAAACAGCGGAGAUGAGCCUAGUCUGGAGGCCAUGGCGCAACAAUGCAAGACUUUCGCUGAACUCCUCGCCAUUGACAACGAGCUUAAGGUCACCGAUCAGGAUGAUGAAGAGGCUGAGCUCGUCGCACGGGCUGAGAAGGGCUACGAGACCCCGUCGGAAGACGAUGGUUCUGCCAGUGGAAGCCAGCCACCCAGCGGUGGACGCGGGCGUAAGAGGAAGGGGUCAGUGAGCAUGAACGGUACGCCAAAGAAGAAGAAAGGUCCUUCCAGACCAUCCGGUUCUGGAGGGAAAAAGAGCACCAAGAGAAGUAUGAGUAGUACGAGUCACGAUGAGCAUGGCAGUCGGGAAUGA